AUGGUAACAAUCCUCCCGGAUGGACUCUCGUGUCGAGAAACCUUCAAAUUCGACUUCUGCACCAAUCCGUCAUUCAAAUUUGCCUUUGAUCGUCCUUUUCCAUUUGUGCUCCCCACCAAUCGACCAUUCAAACGGCGAAGAGCUUUGUCGGAUGUAGACGGUGACGGAAAUGAGGGGAGAAAGAAAAGACGUCUACGAUUACAUCUCAUCACCUCCCGGCUGAGUAGACCAUUUUCAGAGCCAGCUACGAAUAUUGUAAACAGGGGACUGUCCAAAAUCGCCGUGCUGGGUACGCAGAAUCACGCUCUGGGUCGAAACGAAUUGAGGAAAGCCGCUAUAAUGAACCGAGUGAAAAAGAGGAUGGAAUCGGCCAAGGACCACAUCUGCCUUGAGCAAGAAAAGAGCCGAGCAAUGCUGUCUUUCAGAGAAGUUGUACUCCAGAAGCCUCGCAUACACGAAUUGCCCCCGCCAUCCCCACUUGGGCUGUCAAAUUACGACGCUCUUGAUCUGGAGGAUGAACUCAGCCAUAGCGGGGACGAGAGUAUGGAAGGAGGAUCUAACAUAUACUCGGAUUUUAAUAUCAUGAAUCCAAUAACGAGCGAUGGGGAUGAUUACGAAUACCUCGACGCCAUCGAUGGGCUUUCAUCGCAAGACUUACCUGAUACAAUCCCUCAACCAGUGGAACAGGAUAUUGCCGAAAUGUUGAGGGAAAAAGAACGGCAAGGGGAUGGCGUUUUCGUUCAGGUAAGGGGGGAAAGAUGA